GUCGUUGGUAACUACAUUUGACAUUUGCUGGCAUAUAUUCUAAACGCCCAAUCCCAGCUUUGAAGAAGAAAGCAUAAAUAAUAAUAAUAAUAAUAAACCAUGAAAAGUUGUGGGAAGCGAACAAUAAUAAUUUAGAAAAAUGAAGGAAACCCAAAAUUUCCUCCCUAUCCUUCCUUGUCUUUGGUAUAAAAGCCUACCAUUGUUGUACAUACAAGAGUUCCAGUCUUGUCCGUACCAUUCCUUCUCCAAUCAUCACCAUUGUUUCAGCAAAAAUCUUGUAUUUUCUUCGACCCAUAAAGUAAUCAAUGGGGGGUGGCCGAGAAUUUGCAAUAUCACUAGACGGAGUGAGGGACAAGAAUGUGAUGCAGCUGAAGAAGCUCAACACUGUUCUCUUCCCUGUUCGUUACAACGACAAGUACUACGCCGAUGCUCUCGCUUCUGGCGAUUUCGCCAAGCUUGCAUAUUACAGUGACAUAUGUGUUGAAUCAAUUGCUUGUCGGCUGGAGAAGAAGGAAGGUGGGGCCAUCUGCGUGUAUAUCAUGACAUUAGGUGUUUUAGCACCAUAUCGCGGGCUAGGCAUUGGUACGAGGCUACUGAACCAUGUUCUUGUUGUUCUUGAUCUCUGUUUGAAGCAAAACAUACAAGAAAUUUACUUGCAUGUUCAGACAAACAAUGAUGAUGCCAUCAACUUCUAUAAGAAAUUCGGGUUUGAAAUCACUGAGACAAUCAAGAGCUAUUACACAAACAUUGACCCUCCUGACUGCUUUGUUCUUACCAAGUUCAUCACUACAUCUCAAGCGAACAAAUAACAGGUAAAAGGUAGAACUGGUUUUCAGGAGUCAUCGGUCAUUGUUGUCUUAUUGAAUUUUAUUGAUUCUUAUACUGGGGAUUAUUUUGAUGAUAAGGAUGCUGAAAUGCAUUGAUGACGAGUUAUGAUU